UUAUACCUAUAUACAAGUAUAAUUUAUAAAAAAUUAGAUAUAUACAUACUAUAUAAGUACGUUCGGGUGUAUAAUAGACACUCUGGAGUCUUGGCCACUAAAUUAAAAAACUCCCCCUGUAAAUCUGAACUCCAAAUUCAGACAAUAUUACCAUACUUUUCAGUCUUUUCACAUACCAAAAUAUCAACCCACCAACCUACCCAAUGGCCUAAAAAACCUCCCUUUCUCUCUCCUCCCCUCCUCGUUUACAUCACUCCACAUUUCUUCGACAACAACAACAUUCAACAAUGGCUUCUUCACUCUCAAAUCUCUAUUCAUCAACAUCUCUCAAACCCAAGAUUUCCCACCUCCCAAACAUCACUAAAAGCCCGAUUUCUGGCCCGAAAUCAAUCUCCUUCAAACCCAUUUCAUCUGUGGCCCGAGACAUACCCGCUGAUCUUUCUACUUCAUCUUCUUCCUCAACCAAUAAUCUCCCAUCUUUGCAGAAGAAGAAGGAAGAUGGGCUUUUGGAGAAAGACCCUCGGGCCUUGUGGGCCCGAUAUGUGGAGUGGUUGUAUCAACACAAAGAUUUGGGCUUGUAUUUGGAUGUGAGUAGAGUUGGGUUUACUGAGGAAUUUGUGAAGGAAAUGGAGCCCAGAUUUCAGAAAGCUUUUAAGGAUAUGGAGGAGCUUGAAAAUGGCGCCAUUGCUAACCCAGAUGAAGGAAGAAUGGUGGGUCAUUAUUGGUUGAGAAAUUCGAAUCUUGCUCCUACCUCGUUUUUGAAGACUCAGAUUGAUGAUACUCUUGAUCGUGUUUGGCAGUUUGCUAAUGAUGUUGUUUCUGGCAAGAUUAUAGCUCCGAAUGGACAACGAUUUACCCAAAUACUUUCUGUCGGAAUUGGUGGUUCAGCACUUGGGCCUCAGUUUGUUGCGGAAGCACUAGCUCCUGACAAUCCACCCCUCAAGAUAAGAUUUAUUGACAAUACUGACCCUGCUGGAAUCGAUCAUCAAAUUGCCCAACUUGGUCCUGACCUGGCUACAACACUUGUGAUUGUUAUUUCAAAGAGUGGUGGUACACCGGAAACAAGAAAUGGUUUAUUGGAAGUACAAAAGGCCUUCCGUGAAGCUGGAUUGGUGUUCGCAAAACAGGGUGUUGCUAUUACACAAGAAAACUCAUUGUUAGAUAAUACUGCACGAAUCGAAGGCUGGAUAGACAGAUUUCCUAUGUUUGAUUGGGUGGGUGGUAGAACUUCCGAAAUGUCUGCUGUAGGUUUACUUCCAGCUGCUCUUCAGGGAAUUGAUAUAAAAGAAAUGCUUGCUGGUGCAGCUUUGAUGGAUGAGGCAACUAGGAAUCCUGUGCUAAGAAGUAAUCCUGCGGCAUUACUAGCUCUCUCCUGGUACUGGGCAUCAGAUGGUGUUGGUUCAAAGGAUAUGGUUGUUCUUCCGUACAAGGACAGUCUAUUACUCUUUAGCCGGUACCUGCAACAGCUGGUCAUGGAAUCACUUGGGAAGGAGUUUGACCUUGAUGGUAACAGGGUGAACCAGGGGAUCAGUGUCUAUGGAAAUAAAGGAAGCACAGAUCAGCAUGCUUACAUUCAACAACUUAGGGAUGGGGUUCACAACUUCUUUGUCACAUUUAUCGAAGUACUACGUGAUAGACCCCCAGGUCAUGAUUGGGAGCUUGAACCAGGUGUCACAUGUGGCGAUUAUCUCUUUGGAAUGUUACAGGGUACAAGGUCAGCUCUUUAUGCAAAUAACCGUGAGUCAAUUUCUGUCACUGUGCAAGAAGUGACUCCUAGGUCAGUUGGUGCUAUGGUAGCACUAUAUGAACGAGCUGUCGGAUUAUACGCCUCACUUGUCAACAUAAACGCGUAUCAUCAACCAGGUGUGGAGGCUGGUAAAAAAGCUGCAGCAGAGGUAUUAGGUCUUCAGAAGCGGGUUCUAGCUGUACUCAAUGAGGCCAGUUGCAAGGAUCCCGUUGAGCCAUUGACGAUUGAAGAAGUGGCUGAUCGUUGCCAUUGCCCUGAAGAUAUUGAAAUGAUUUACAAAAUAAUUGCUCACAUGGCAGCCAAUGAUAGAGUGCUUCUCGCAGAAGGCAACUGUGGCUCCCCUCGAAGCAUUAAGGCCUUCCUUGGAGAAUGUAAUGUCGACGAACUAUAUGCAUAGGUUAUAUUAAAAGAGAAGCAAUAAAGAGCAAAAGCGUAAAAGAGACGAAAAACAUAGUUCCGAGUGUUAGAGCUGUGAUUGUUAGGGAUUUGCUGCCGGGGUUGGAUCAAUGGGAAAUUGUCCCCGGAAAUUCUUACCUGUUGGAUACUGGUAUUCUUUCUAAUAUAGCUUCUUUCCCAAAUAAUGAAAUAAGUAACUUUUUUUUUAUAAA